GUCUCUGUAAUUCUGCUUUCAAACAUUACCGUGAAAUUGGGAAAGUCGACAAAUUUAUCUCAUCACCGGUCCUUUUCCCCUUGCAUGCCGUUUGGAAGCGCAGGGCCUGAAUCACAAUGACGAAUCCAAAGGGAUAUCGCCGCGGUACGCGGUACAUGUUCUCCCGGAAAUUCCGGACAAAGGGUGUCACCAAGCUGUCACGUUAUAUGCACGUGUACAAACGCGGAGAUAUUGUUGACAUCAAGGGUGAUGGUGCUAUCCAAAAGGGUAUGCCCUACAAAUUCUACCACGGAAAGACAGGCCGUGUGUUCAACGUCACACCACAUGCCGUCGGUGUGGAGGUCAACAAACAGAACGGCAACCGCAUCCUCAGCAAGAAGAUCAACGUGAGGCUUGAGCACAUCAAGCACAGCAACUGCCGUCUGGACUUCUUGAAACGUGUCAAACGGAACGAGGCCCUCAAGAGAGAAGCCAAGGAGAAGGGUGUCAGAGUCAACACAAAGAGAGUGCCUGCUCAGCCCAGAACAGCCCACUUUGUGAGCACCAAGAGGAUCCAGCCUGAGUUCCUCACACCUAUCCCAUACGAGAUCAUUGCAUAAGGAGAGCUGGUGUUAAUAAAUAUGUGAAAAAUA